UUGGGGGGAGAAGAAGGCCAGGGGGUGGGGGGUGGAGGAGUAGUGAGAGAAGGUCCACGCAGCGCAUUCCAACAAACAAACCCCCCUCAACCUGAACCACAGCGAAUUGAACGCCUCAUGCUCUCUCUCAAUUCCAUUUCACAAUUCCUUGUUCGAUUCCUUUGUCGCUGUUUUCGUUCCUCCAUUCUUCACCUUCCCUCUUCCUCCCUUGAGGCAAAGAAAAGAAGGUCUCGGGGUUCAGCUUCAGCCAUGAUUACUCGAUCGAAUCUGGUUGAGCAGUUGAGAGAAUACCAGAUUCGAUCCAAACACGAGUGGGCUUCCGUCUCCUUCUUCUCCUCUACCUCUAAUAUUACAUCCUCCAGGUUCAAAAGAAUGUCAUGUCAGUGCAUAAAAAUGGAAGUUGGAAGUGCAAGAUUAUGUAUGAUAGGGUGGAUGUAGUGAUUUUUGUAAUAUGGGAACUUAUAAUACUAUCGUUCUUGGUGUUCUCGGCAGUUUCUUUAUAUUUUCGGCAUAUGCAGUUGGCUUUUAUUUUAGUAUGCAUUACGAUGUUGUUGCUUCUAUGCAUGAAAGUUACAAAGCAAGUGAGAUUGGCUAGGAAGAAGAAAAGAAGGAUGCUUCUUCCAUUGUCCAUGUGAAAAUCUCAUAGUAGAAGGAGAGUUAUACUAAACCCUUUUUUUCUUUUUUUUUUUUAAUGUUCUAAAUUCCCUGAAUUAUAUUCACAAAAAAUUAGAUUUUGCUCUUUCUCUUUCCCCACUACUCUUUAUUAUAUCCUGAUCUGUAAUCACCAGGAAAGCAGGUUUAUCCCUCCCAAAAAAAAAAAAAAGAAAGAAGAAUGAGAUGAAUGUGAUUAGUUUAGAAAUU